CUGGUGACAUAUAAGGGUCUGUAGCUCUUCCUUAAGAGUCGGAGGACGAGAUUGUCUGCAGCUGCCUGCAGCCGCUCUGAGCCCUUCAACACAGCUGAGAGGCACAGCAACUAUGAGCACAACCAUAGAGAAAUCCUUGGAGAGCAGGCUCCAGCAGCUAAAAUGCCAUUUCACCUGGAACUUGAUAACAGGAGAUGAGUCCUUGGAUGAGUUUGAGGACAGGGUGUUUAACAAGGAUGAGUUUCAGAACAGUGAGUGUAAAGCCACGAUGUGCAACAUCCAGGCCUAUGUCAACCACCUCAGAGGCCAAAACGAGGCAGCGCUGAAGUGUUUAGAGGAUGCUGAACGUUUCAUUCAGCAACAGCAUCCUGACCAAGUAGAAAUCAGAAGUCUGGUCACCUGGGGAAACUAUGCUUGGGUUUAUUAUCACAUGGGCCAAUUUUCAAAAGCACAGGCUUAUCUUGACAAGGUGAGAGGGGUCUGUGAGACGUUAUCCAGUCCCUAUAGGAUCGAGAGUCCUGAGCUUGACUGUGAGGAAGGGUGGGCCCGUUUAAAGUGCACCCAGAACCAAAAUGAGAGAGUGAAGGUGUGUUUUGAGAAGGCUCUGGAAAAGGACCCAAAGAACCCAGAAUUCACCUCUGGAUGGGCCAUUGCAUGCUACCGUCUGAGCUACUGGCCAGCACGGCAGGACUCCAUUGACUCUUUGAAGGGAGCCCUUAGACUUUCUCCCAACAACUCUUAUCUUAAAGUCCUCUUGGCACUGAAGCUUGAGACGGAAGAUGAAAACCAAGCAUGGGAACUAGUGGAAGAAGCCAUAAGAAAAGCCCCAGGUGCGACAGAUGUGCUUCUCAGUGCAGCCAAGUUUUAUUACAAGACACAUGACGCAGACAGAGCUAUACAGCUGCUUACAAAGGCUUUAGAAUACCUGCCAAACAAUGCCUAUGCACAUUACCAUAUUGGGUGCUGCUACAGGUCAAAAGUGCUUGGAAUGGUUCAUAGAAGAGAGACUGCAUUCAAUGUGAAUCAAACGAGGUUUCAGAAACUAAUACAACUGGCGGUUAACCACUUAAGGAAAGCAGAGGAGAUCAAGGAAUUUCUUGAACAUUCCUGUAGCUACCUUGCUGGACUUUAUGCCAUGACAAACCAGUAUGAAGAAGCCGAUUAUUACUUCCAGAAGGAAUUCAAGAAGGAUCUCAGUCCAGGCCUUAAACAGUUGCUCCACCUACAGUAUGGCAAUUUCCAGUUGUUUCAAAUGAAGUGUGAAGACAAGGCCAUCCAUCAUUUUAUGGAGGGUGUGAAAAUAAGGCAGGAGACAAAGCCUAAAGGAAAGAUGAUAAACAAACUUCAAAGAAUUGCCCUAAGGCGACUUUCUGAAAAUGAAUUUGAUUCUGAGGCCUUGUACAUCUUGGCGUUUCUUCGGGAGUUGAAUGAAGAAGGCGAGCAAGCUGCUAAAGAAGCUGAGAGGGUGCUGGAUGCUGAGAGGGUGCUGGAUGCUGAGAGGGUGCUGGAUGCUGAGAAGGCUGCUCCUGCAGCAUCUUUGCGUGAGAAGGUGCUGGAUGCUGAGAAGGUGCUGGAUGCUGAGAAGGUGCUGGAUGCUGAGAAGGCUGCUCCUGCAGCAUCUUUGCGUGAGAAGGAUGGGGACGAGUAGGGAUGACAGGGUGCCUGCAGUGCUACUGCUGGCAGGAAACUGAAACCCUUACCAAGUUGCCAUUCAAUGUAAUUAACAGCUUCAUGGACAGGAACCCUUCUAUCAAAUAUUAGCACCUGAAUUGCUGGAUAAGAGAGAGCUUUGAGAGAGGAACCAGUUGGAGCCAUAGACACAAGAGCCUGGCCAACAGCCUAGAUUGCUUUUUAUUUCUUAGAAAUAGUUCCCAUGGUAGCAAUUCUUUAAUCACCCUCUUUGGAUGCUUCUCUUGGGUUUGUUUCUGUAAUUAUUUAAAGCAGCCAGAUUCCUCAAAUGGGUGAGUUUUCCAUUCUUGAGUUAUUUUACCAAUUGUACAGCCUUGUUCUACAUAGAUAACAGUGCCCAUCAAAAAACUCAGGAGCCAGGGGCAGUUGCUCAAAACCAUAAAAUCAGCACUUGGAAGCUGAGACAGGAGGAUUACCAUGAGUUUGAAGUUAUUCUGAGCAUGACCUGGAAUGGGUGGUGGAGGGUGGUGAGAAUUAGCCAUGUAAAUAUUUAAUGAUUAUGUACAUUAUCUUGUUAGUUUGGAUUGUAUAUGCCUAUAUAACCUAUAUUAUAUAUAUAAAACCUAUAUAUAAUAUAGCACACAUUUCUAAAGCACGGAAGCUAGGGAUUUUGUUUUACUGUAUAAUUUCAAAGCUUACAAAAUAGUGCUCAAUAUUAAUUUGGCUCAAAAUAGAAACUGAAUGGCGAGUUUCAGGUCUAAAAACAAACAAGAAACAACAAAGGCUGAUGAACAAAAUCCUUCCUCCAAUUCACCAGCCAGUCAUCAAUUUACAGUGUCCCAUAAACAUGAGUUUAUUUGCAACAUUAACUCAGAUGGCAACAUAAUUGGAAAACUCAGAAGAGAGAAAGUAAGAAGAGCCAUAUCUGUGCAAACCAAUAGAGUCAGACGAUUACAUUGUCAGACUUGCGGGAGGCACAUGGGGAGACUUCUCAACUCUGCUCUCCCUACGAGGGUGGAUCUGCAUGAAAAUAAGGGGGGUCUGUCUACCAUAGUGACAAUUGAAAUAAAUAUUUAUUUCAAACUUAAGUGGAAACUUAAGAAGGACACUGGGUGGGAGAAUAACUUGGUAACUAGGCCUGGUGGUAGGAAAUGGCAUGGGUAUUGGAGGGAGAAUUCUUUCCUCCAUUAGAAAUAUUGCAAACCAAGGAAUAUAAAAACUUCUUUGAACUCUGAAAAAUACUCAGGAACAUCACGAAACUGAUGACGGGCGUUUCCUCGGUAGAUCUGCAAUGGCCUAAACAUUAAGGUUGAUGGGCUGCAGCAGAGAGGCGAUUGGCCCAACGUAAGGCUGACAACCCCCUUGGGGUGAAAAUGUUUCUCUAUCGGCAUUAGUUUGCUUAUAAGUAUAUAUGAACAUUUUUAAGCAAUCAAAAUAUAUUAGAUUAAUAGGUUCUUAAAACUGGACAUUCUAACAGCUGUAACAAUGUUCCCUGUUAUUUUAACUAUUAAAAAGCUUUGUAUGCACUUAAGUCCAUCAAUAGACGCCAUUUGAAUUUCUUUGUUAAUAAAUAACACAUGCUAGAACAUUGAGCAGUGUUCUGGCUGAAUAAAAAUUUUACUGUACUCUCACUGUCUUAGACUUAAGUACUACUAAUAAAG